AUGGCGACGGUGGACGGGCUCCACGGGGACGCGGUCGUUGACGAUCUCCUUUCUAGCGGCGGCGACCUCCAGUCCUUCUUUGACCAGUUGGUGCUUGCAGUUGCAGGGGCUGGAGGCGGCGUGGCGGAGGAGGAGCUCGAGUGGUUGUCCAACAAGGACGCGUUCCCGGCGUUGGAGGAGAUGGACCUGGAGCCAGCGGUGAUGGGGGGCCGUCGGGCCCAGGAGGAGCUCGAGUCGCUGCCCAACAAGGACGCAUUCCCGACGGUGGAGGAGAUGGAGCAGGAACCAGCGGUGAUAGGGCCUCGGACGAAGGUGGUGCGCCGGCGGCGCGGGGCGAUGUCGGCUAGGCCGGGGCAGCGGCGGUGCAGGCACUGCGGGACGACGAAGACGCCGCAGUGGCACAGGGGACCAGCGGGCUGCCGCACCUUGUGCAACGCGUGUGGCGUGCGGUACAAGAGGGAACGCCCGGAGCAUGCACCCUCUGAUCAGGCAGGACUGGAGGUUGGCGGCGGCGAGGCAUUGGGGACUGUGGAGCCGGAGCCGCCGGAGUUGGGGUCUCAGACGAAGAGGGUGGUGCGCCAGCGACGGACUUUGGCGUGGCCUCCGACUCCGACAGCGGCUGAGCCGGAGCAGCAGUGGUGCCAGCACUGCGGGAAGAUGAAGAAGCCGCAAUGGCGCGAGGGGGCGGCUGCGGAGGAGGAGCGGGAGUGGCUGCCGAACAAGAACGUCCCGGCGGUGGAGAUAAUGGAGCCGAAGCCGUCGGUGGUGACGCCUCGGACGGAGGGGGCGGCGCGACGUGCAGUGGCGUCGCCGGCGCUUUCUGACCUGGGGCAGCGGCUGUGCCGGCACUGUGGGACGGCGGAGACGCCGCAAUGGCGCCAGGGACCGGAGGGCCGCAAGACGCUGUGCAAUGCGUGCGGCAUGCGGUACCGGGCCGGCCGCCUGGUGCCGGAGUACCGGCCGCUGCGCAGCCCCACUUUCUCCCCGGAGCUGCACUCCAACAGGCACAGCCGCGUCGCCCAGAUGCGCCCUGCCGGGGCUCCUCAUCCACUGCCGCCGGACAAGUGAAGUGUUGACAAUGGUUUCUGCCGUUUGGAGAUUUAUUUAUGUUUUUGGUUUAAAGACGUACUGCUCUAUCUACACUUCAUUAGCACAAAAUGAUUUAGAAUAAGCAGUAGGAGUACCUUGGUUUUGGUGGUAAAGGGCAUCCAGUUUUUGGUGGUUCUUUGCUUUUAUGGUCAAUGUUCCAAUAAGCAGGAACUUGCUUGAUCUUUGUCAACUUACGCUUCACAUUAUUUAUGUGUUUCUGUUGCAA